AAGCAAAUAAACAAAAUACAUUGUUAUAUUUAUGUGUAUACAUGAUAUUACGGCUGUUUUCAGCUCACUGCAUUUUAUAUUAGUUCUGUUGUGGUGUCGAUUUUAUCUAUAAAGAAUCAUACAUAUAUAUAUACACAUAUAUAUAUAUAUAUAUAUACAUAUAUAUAUCCAAUCUUUUUUUACAAGAAGAUUUCAAUAUCAUCGCGUAAGCCACAUAACGUCUUACGUACAAUACAAGGAAUUAUGCCUAUAAAAAGAUUAUUUUAUCGAUUUCAACCGGCUCCAUUAUAUAUCGUUUUAAUAUUGUCGAUAUGUUACUUUAGCGUACAAUUAAUUUUAAGCCACAUCACACAUGCGUUAACAUUGUUAAUGGCCUCAUAUCAUAUGCUAUGCAAUAUAUUUGCAUUGGCCGGCAGUAUUGUUACUAUAAAGCAUAAUUUAUACAACAACAACACCGGGGAAAAGGAUUAUUUUAGUAAUGAAUGCCAAAAAGCCAACGUUACAGAUAUUACGAGAGACAAGUCUGAUGCAAUACAAAGCGAUGAAAAUCUUAAAGCUAAGAAAGCAACCAUACUACAACAAACGACCGAACAAGAAGAGGAAGCUAAAUUGACGAUCGCAAGUAAAAGGCGUGAAAUAAAGAUACGGAAUACGUUUGGUUGGGCGCGUAUCGAAAUCUUGACGAUGCUUAUCGUCUGCAUUACAUUGAUUUCUUUGUCGUUUUCUCUGUUAGUCGAAGGGCUGCAGACAUUGGUUCAUAUCGAUCACCAAGAUUCCAUGCAUCUACCAAUGCUGGUCACGAUUUUAGGCUUAGUGGGACUAUUAUUGAAUGGAUUUACUUAUCUAACUAUCGGUGGAUAUACCCUGCAUCAGGGCAAUUUUCUACAUAUAACACCAACUGGUGCGGUAAUACAAGAAUCGAAUUCCUAUAAAAUUGAUCUGAGUAAAGAGAAUAGCAUAAAUGAAACACCGCAACUAAAGCAAGAAUUGAAAAAAGAAUUUCAAGAUGUUUACAAUAACAACAACAAGAACAAAAGGCAAGGUGCGGCUGAACUAUUAAGGGAUGUCUCCAGCACCAUAUUUGUGAUUGUUUGCGGUAUAAUUGUGCAUUUCGCAGCCGAUAAGGAGCAUACAGCGAAAUUUAUAGAUCCGAUCUUGUCAAUAUUCUCAUGCGUUUUAGUUGUGGCCCUAAGUUAUCCAUACAUGAAGAAAGCCUGCUUAAUUUUAUUGCAGACGAUACCCGAUACAAUUGAUAUGGAUAAUUUCGAACGAUCGCUAAUUUCGAAAUUUCCGCAAAUAGUUAGCUACCACGAUUUACAUAUCUGGCAAUUAUCUUCGCAUAAGUAUAUUGCCACCGUACAUAUUGUCUUCCAAAAUUCGAAACUUUAUAAUAAAACUAUCGAUGACGUAAGCGCAUAUUUUCAUGAAUACAGCAUAGCACAUGUUACUAUACAACCGGAAUUUUCGAAUGGCAAGACGCCGUCAUCUUCAACAGAAUGCCUAAUGCAUUGCACUAAUCCGGAUUGUGUUGAUAAGGUUUGUUGCAAGGAUUCCUUAACGGACCUAACGGACAUCAGUGUUUCUCCGGGCGGUAAUACCCAAAUUCCAAAUAAAAAGUCGAACGGUAAGUAUAAAAACAAACAGCAAACGGGAAAGAAGACGUCAAUGGCGAACAAUGGUAAAACACGGAUACCAACGCCAACAUUAUCAGUAAUCGGCAAUGAGAGAUGUAAAUCAUUAACAAAUGCCACUGAAGAGACAUUACAAACUCCCAACCCGGAUGAGACUGAGAAGACUGAGAAUACAAAUCUAAGUCAAACUAAAACAAAUGCAAGAACUAGCACGAACGUCAACGCCAUCGCCACUAGUAGUAGUAGUAGUAGUAGUAGUAGUAGUACCGGUGAUUCAACAAACGAUAGCAACGAUACCAAAUGUUAACUUUCAUACAAAAAGUGUCAUGAAUUCAUUGUCAUGAUGACCUUUCUAGCACAGGGAUAUAUAUAUCAUAACUUUUUAUUAAAAAGCGUAGCCUGACUUUUUCUCUUAAGUUUAGUAAUAAUCGUUACCAUUGCUAUGUAUAUAUACAAAGUAAUUAUUGAUUAAUUAAUUAGUGCAAAAACACUUACAUCCCCAUACCUACUCUAUCGCUGAUAUUUACUUAUAUACAAUAAUUUGCAUUUAAGUUGAAAUCAAUAAAACCGAGAGUAGAGAAUAUUUCUCUUACGUACUGCAUACAAAUGUUUACGUUUAAGUAAAAAAAAAAUAAAUAAAUAAAAAAAAAAAAAAAA